UGUGCGGCCAACAAGUCAGCGGCAGGGAGGACUUUUUCUCUACCCAUUGGAGAGAGAACAACUCACUUUUUCUCGUGAGUAAAGCGCUACAAAAAGGACUAAAACGACGAGGACACAUGCGAAAAUGCUAGAAGAACUCCAGGAAGAGAGUGCGUGCUUAUUAAACAGUGAGCGCGGGAGAGCAGACGUUAUUAUUUUCUGCCUUUCUGAUGACUUGUGGCAGCGCUGAGGAUAAAACGACAACACUAACGGGCUUCAAGCGGUAUUGAAUGGGGUGAAACGAGGCGGAUUUUUUCUUUUUUUUUUUCCUCUUGAAAAACCCGACUCACCGAGGCAUUUCCAGGCGGUCAGAAAAACCCCAAAGGGAAGGGGAGGUGAGGUGAGGGGGGGGGGCAAAGAAAACGCCCUGCUCGCCUGUUGCUGGUAUAUUCAAACUUUUAACCGAGUUUGGGGGAAAAAAUGGUGACUAUUCAAGUGUAACGUUGUGUUUAUUAGCUUAAAAGCAGACAGAUAGCUAACUGACUUGAGCCCCCUCACCCCCCCUCCCCAGCUCGGCAAGUUUUUUUUUUAGGAAAGCGGGGAGUCUUUUUUUUUUUUUUUGCUUUGGGAAUAUUUUCUCCUCAUUGUGUGCACACUAUUCCAGUUGGAAGCGAUUUGGGUGGGCUGAGAGCCGCUAGGCCCGCUGCUGGCCACAUUAGCCACGAACAAAGACGUUUCACAUGUGAACUUUGGUGAACAGUUUUGGGGGAAAAAACCUCUUCAUCAUUCUAAAAAAAAAAAAAAAAUCACCCAGCUUUUUUUUUUUGGAACGACCGACUGACUCACUGCAGACAUGUCGGUGAGCGCCGAGAAGAGGACGGAAACCCGGCUGAAGAAGCUGGAGGAAAUGAUCAGAAACCCCAGGUCUGCCAUGAACCUGGAAAGUUUGCUGGACUCCAUAAAUGCCCUGGUCCUGGACUUAGACUACCCUGCACUACGCAAGAACAAAAACAUCGACACCUUCUUAAACAGAUAUGAUGCAGUUAUAAGACAAGUUCGAGACCUACAGAUGAAGUCUGAAGACUUUGACAGAGUUAAAGUCAUUGGUCGAGGGGCAUUUGGUGAGGUACAACUGGUCAGACAUAAACCUUCUAAGAAGGUAUACGCCAUGAAGCUGCUGAGCAAGUUUGAGAUGAUCAAGCGCUCAGAUUCAGCCUUCUUCUGGGAAGAAAGGGACAUCAUGGCCUUCGCCAACAGUCCCUGGGUCGUGCAGUUGUGCUGUGCCUUCCAAGAUGAGCACUACCUCUACAUGGUGAUGGAGUACAUGCCAGGAGGCGACCUGGUCAACCUCACCAGCACCUACGACGUGCCGGAGAAAUGGGCCAAGUUCUACACGGCGGAGGUGGUAAUGGCCCUGGACGCCAUUCACUCCAUGGGCUUCAUCCACCGCGACGUCAAGCCGGACAACAUGCUGCUUGACAGACUCGGACACCUGAAGCUGGCCGACUUCGGCACUUGCAUGAAGAUGGACUCUACCGGCAUGGUGCACUGUGACACAGCGGUUGGCACUCCGGACUACAUCUCUCCCGAAGUGCUGAAAUCCCAGGGAGGAGACGGGUGUUACGGGCGAGAGUGCGACUGGUGGUCCGUAGGAGUCUUCAUCUUUGAAAUGCUUGUCGGUGACACGCCGUUCUACGCUGACUCUCUGGUGGGAACCUACAGUAAGAUCAUGGACCAUAAAAACUCCCUCAACUUCCCCGAUGAUGUGGAGAUCUCCAAAGAUGCCAAGAACAUCAUCUGCGCCUUCCUGACUGACAGGGAGGUGCGAUUGGGCAGGAACGGCGUGGAGGAAAUCAAGCGACACCCUUUCUUCAAGAACGACCAGUGGACCUUCGAAACCCUGAGAGACACUGUUGCCCCCGUGGUCCCAGAGCUGAGCAGCGACAUAGACACCAGUAACUUUGACGAAAUCGAGGACGACAAAGGCGACGUAGAAACUUUCCCCACGCCUAAGGCCUUCGUCGGAAAUCAGUUACCAUUUGUUGGCUUCACCUAUUUCAAAGAAGACCAAUUACUAAACACCUCCAACAACACCUCGGUCACUCAUGAGAAUUCAAAAGGAGAGUGGGCAGCAAUGCAGAAGAAACUUCACCACUUUGAGGUGCAGCUGAAUAAUCAGAAGCAGGUCAAAGAGGAUGUAGAGCACAAAUACAGGGCUGCCACCGGUCGCCUCGACAAAAUCUCCAAAGAACUCGAGGAAGAGGUGAGCAGCAGGAAGAAUCUAGAGUCGAGCAUGAGGCAGCUGGAGAGAGAGAAAGCCCUGCUGCAGCACAAGAGCAUGGAGAGCCACCGCAAGGCCGAGAGCGAGGCCGACAGGAAGCGCUGUCUGGAGAACGAAGUCAACGGCCUUCGAGACCAGCUGGAUGAGUUGAAGAAAAAAAACCAGAAUUCCCACAUUUCCAACGAGAAGAACAUCCACCUUCAGAAACAGCUGGAAGAAGCCAACACGUUGCUGCGUGCAGAGUCCGAGGCGGCUACGAGGCUCCGUAAAACCCAGACGGAGAGCAGCAAACAGCUGCAGCAGCUGGAGGCCAACGUGCGCGAGCUGCAGGACAAAUGCUGUCUGCUGGAGCGCAGCAAGCUGAGUCUGGAGAAGGAAUGCAUCAGCCUGCAGUCCGCGCUGGAGACGGAGCGGAGGGAGCACAGUCAGGGCUCAGAGACCAUCAGCGACCUGAUGGGGCGAAUCUCUGGUCUGGAGGAGGACGCACGUCAGCAGAGACAAGUCCUCUCAAAAGGAGAGACUGAGAAGAGACAGCUUCAGGAGAAACUCACCGACCUGGAGAAGGAGAAGAGCAACAAGGAGAUUGAUUUGACCUACAAGUUGAAGGUGCUGCAGCAGGAGCUGGAGCAGGAGGAGACCUCACACAAGACCACCAGAGCGAUGCUGGCAGACAAGAGCAAGAUCAAAGUAACCAUCGAGGGCGCCAAGUCAGAGUCCAUGAAGGAGAUGGAGCAGAAGCUGGCGGAGGAGCGAGCAGCCAAAUUGCGUCUGGAGAACAGGAUACUGGAGCUGGAGAAGCACAGCAGCAUGAUGGACUGCGACUAUAAACAGUCUCUGCAGAAACUUGACGAGCUGCGCAGACACAAGGACCGCCUCACCGAGGAGGUGAAGAACCUCACACUGAAGAUCGAGCAGGAAACCCAGAAGCGCAACCUGACCCAGAACGACCUGAAGUCCCAGAACCAGCAGCUGAGCUCCCUGCGGAUGUCCGAGAAGCAGCUCAGACAGGAAAUGAAUCACCUGCUGGACAUCAAACGCAGCUUAGAGAAGCAGAACCAAGAGCUACGCAAAGAAAGACAAGACACAGAUGGGCAAAUGAAGGAAUUACAAGAUCAGUUAGAGGCUGAACAGUAUUUCUCGACGCUGUAUAAGACACAGGUUCGGGAACUGAAGGAGGACUGCGACGAGAGGAACAAACUCUACAAAGAUGUGCAGCAGUCUCUGCAGGAGCACCAGGAAGAGAGGGAUUCUUUGGCGGCUCAGCUGGAGAUCACGCUGACUAAGGCUGACUCAGAGCAGCUGGCGCGCUCUAUUGCCGAGGAGCAGUACUCAGACCUGGAGAAGGAGAAGAUAAUGAAGGAGCUGGAGCUGAAGGAGAUGAUGGCCCGCCACCGUCAGGAACUGUCCGAUAAGGACAUCACAAUCAGUUCGCUGGAGGAAGCCAACAGGACCCUGACCAGCGACGUCGCCAAUCUGGCCAAUGAGAAGGAGGAGAUGAACAAUAAACUGAAGGAUGCUGUAGGAGAAACAGAGAAGUCAAAGGAUUGGGAGCAGCAGAUCAACCAGAUGAAGCAGGUGUUUGAGAAGCAGCUGCAGUCAGAGAGGACGCUGAAAACUCAGGCCGUCAAUAAGCUGGCCGAGAUCAUGAACAGGAAGGAAGUUCGUGGCGGAGGCAGUCGCCGCGGCAACGACACAGAUAUGCGGCGAAAGGAAAAGGAGAACAGGAAGCUGCAGCUGGAGCUGAGGUCUGAGAAGGAGAAGCUCAACAGCACCAUCAUCAAAUACCAGAGAGAGAUGAACGAGAUGCAGGCGCAAUGGUCGGAUGAGAACCAGAUGCGCAUCGAGCUGCAGAUGGCUCUGGACAGCAAGGACAGUGACAUCGAGCAACUGAGGAAUCUCCUGCAGACGCUCAGCGUGCAGUCCAUGGACUCGGCCAGCGUCAGCAGCGGGCCCGAGUUCGAUGCAGAUGAUGCAUACGCAGAAAUGAGGCUGGAGGGGUGGCUCUCGCUCCCUGUGAGAAACAACACCAAGAAGUUCGGAUGGGAGAAAAAGUAUGUUGUAGUGAGCAGCAAAAAGAUUCUCUUCUACAACAGCGAGCAGGACAGAGAGCAGUCCAUCCCUUGCAUGGUGCUCGAUAUAGACAAACUCUUCCAUGUGAGACCUGUCACUCAAACAGAUGUGUACCGGGCUGACUCCAAAGAGAUUCCCAGGAUAUUCCAGAUUCUUUAUGCCAAUGAAGGCGAGAGCAAGAAGGAGCCCGAGUUUCCUGUGGAGCCGCUGCCCAUCGGGGAGAAGUCCAGCUACAUCUGCCACAAAGGCCACGAGUUCAUCCCCACGCUCUACCACUUCCCCACCAACUGUGAGGCGUGCACCAAGCCACUGUGGAACAUGUUCAAGCCGCCGCCUGCCCUGGAGUGCCGGCGCUGCCACAUCAAGUGCCACAAGGACCACAUGGACAAGAAGGAGGAGAUCAUCGCCCCCUGCAAAGUGAACUACGACGUUUCCACAGCCAAGAACCUGCUGCUGCUGGCCAUUUCCCAGGAGGAGCAGCAGAAGUGGGUGAGCCGACUGGUCAAGAAGAUCCCCAAGAAGCCGCCACCGGCCGAGCAAUUUGCGCGCUCCUCGCCGCGCGCCUCCAUGAAGGUGCAGCCCAGCCAGUCUAUGAGGAGGCCCAGUCGACAGCUCCCUACAAGCAAGAGCAGCCCUCGCAGGUCAAACGGCUUCAAAAUAAGGCGAGAAGAAUCCAGCAGUGGACAUUGGUACAAUUGACGACUUCUCCCAUCUUGUGCUUCCUUUUGCUCAGACUGUUCCCCGCGAACCACUGAAAACCUGAAUGUGUGUACGUCGCUUUAAAGCCAAAAAAGUGUGUUCUUGCACUAAAAAGCGGGGGCACAGUCCUGGGUGUUAGUUUGUUUCAGCGGUGGCGGGCAACGCGCACAUAUGUCGGGUGAUCUAAUGCAUGUGCUACUGUUGGGGUUAUUGAAUGUGGUCACUUCACCACAGGGUGUUUGAAAUGGAAAUAGGUUCAAAUGAGACUUUUUCACUAUAAUGAAGUUUAUUUUAUUACAUCACUUUGUUGUCUUACAAGUCAUAGCCUCUUUUGUGUUUUCAAAAUGCAUAAUAAGGUUAUAUAAAAUGUCAAGUAAGUGGCCUGGUGUAUGUGAUUUUAUCCUAUCACAGAUAUAUUAGUAUUGGUGUAUAUAUUGACCAAUAAGUAACAAAUAUUGCAGUAUAGAGAAAUAUGUUUGCUGUAAUUAAGAAAAAGAUGUUUGUCCAACAGAGGGCGCUAAGAAAUGUACUUUUCAUCUAUAAAACAUCUCCAUCACAACAUAUCUAGUUGACAACUCAUUAAGAAACUAGUUAAAGCUGUAGUUAACAUAAAUGUUUGUAUAUUAAGACAUUUACUGCCUUUAUUUUCAAAUAUCACUGUUAGCUUCAAAUUCCAAUUAUUUAAAAUGUAACUGCAGUUUUUCACAUCAGAUUGUGCACAAUACUCUCAUUUAUAUCUACAAACUGGAUUCUUUAGUGUUAUUUCAAUCAUUAAGUCAGACAGGUGUGUUACUGAAGAAGAUAAAUGUAUAAAAUAAGCCUUUGAACCCUCUGCUGACACUAACCUCGCCUCUCUUUGUCU